AUGGAAGGCCACGAAGCAAACCUGAGUCUGAUAAGAGAGCUGCUGACACUCAAAAAUCCAGAGAACGACUACUAUGAGACUCGAUUUAUCCCCGGGAAAGGAUACGGCUGCUUCGCCAUCAAGCCCCUCAAGCGCGGUACCCGAAUCCUCGCCGACUCGCCGCUCCUAAUCGUUCCCAUCGGCCACUAUCUUCAAUCGGACAUUGAGGCGGCCUUCGAGAAGCUGUCAUCAGCGGAGAAAACCCUGUACUUCAGCCUCCACUCGGGCCAUGGGCAAGAUCCGAGGAACUGGCCUGAUAAGAUCCACCCCGAGGUGGCGGGCCGGGAGCGCCAGAGAAUCAAGGAGCAGCACAACGCGAGGGUGGCGAAGGAGCCAUCGCUGAUCAGCAUCUUCCAGACGAACUGUAUGGAGCUCGGAAAAGGCGCCGCCGUCUUUCCGAACGCUGCUCGGUUCAACCAUUCAUGCUGUCCAAAUGCAUGCUUCAACUGGAAUCCAGCCAUCCACAAGGAAACGAUUCAUCUCAUGAAUGACGUUGGCGAGGGCGAGGAGAUCACCAUCUCAUACUGCGACAUGAUGCACGAGAAGACGCUGCGUGCAUGGGAGCUCAAGCACUACGGGUUCUCCUGCGACUGUCCAGCUUGCAACGGAGACGAGGAUGAUGCGAACACGUUCGCCCACAAGAGUGCGGAGCGGCGAUACCGGAUUGCGGAGCUAGAGCGUGACACUAGGUUCUUUCGGGGCGCCCGCUUGGAGGAAGGAGCGAAGAGGCCAGAGUUCAUAAUGCGCAUGCUCGAGCUGGCGAAGUUGCACAAGGAGGAGGCAGACUACUCAGUCCGCCUGGCAAACAUAUAUCUCGAUCUUGCAUUAGUCUGCGAGGCAACCGGAGACUACGAGCAUGGUCGGAGCUGUGCCUCGAACGCAGUAAAGGUUAAGCGGGAGUGCCAGGGCAGCGAUUUUCCGGAUUACGAGAAGUACAAGGAGGUCCUGAGGCGUAUCAACAUCAAGUACAAGGCGCAGCUUUUCACAAAGUAGAUAAUCUUGAGGGGAAACGGCUGCGUUUCGGGGGCAGAGAUGAGAGAGACAAGACUGCAGCUCUGAGCUUUGAGGGACCUCGGACAGCUCGUCCGAGGAGGGCGAUUCUUCAG